AUGGCAGGAUACGUCAAACAGACCUCUUCUGCCGGAAAGGCAGCCCGCACAAUUCUGUGUGGCCUGAAGAUCAACACCAGCCCGCUAGACACGGCCCAACCAGACGCAAAGUCCCCGGCCAUGGCGUCGACCGACUGGCGCAGGAGAGCGGCCGCCGUCUCAGCUCCAGAGACAAGUGCGAAGAAGCCCCUGCAACGCAGCAAGGAGAGUUGCGAUGGAAGCUACGACCAACCUUCACAGUUCCGCCUUCGCCUGGAUAAGUCAUUCUCGGGUCUUGAUCAGUACCGCCAUACCAAAAAGAGGCAGGCGCCGUGGGAAGCGGCACUCUCCGCUCCCGCGUGGCCGAUGUCUCCUUCAUCGCCAUCAGUAUCCGCGGAUGAGCGCCACAACGUGAUCAAUAUCCGACUAUGGAGCGUCAACCCUAUCACCACGAGUGUGAAUGGCGAAGACAUCGCGAUUCCCAACCGCUUUGCUCUCGAUAUCGUCCCCGUUCACCCUGACGCUCCGGGCUUUGUGGUGGGAGAACUGCGGCCCCUCAACGGCUCAGUCACCUCAUUUCGCACGUCAUCGGAGGACUCUGAGAAGCUUCUGGCUGAGCUUCGAGGGCUGGUGGGCUGUCCUCAAUGCGGCUGUGCUUUGGCAAAUCCGACUUCGAAUGAGCAGCACGGCUUCUCCCCGCCUGCCCGGCCGCGAGACGUGACAGAUGCCACCAUCUCCAGCGCUUUCGGAUCCUCCCAGUCAGACACCGAGACGCAUUCUCGUCAGGAGCGGAUGGAGCCUCCGAACGACGAAGAGAGGCGCUUCCAAACCUUGCUCAAACGACUCCAACAACCACCUUCGACCCGCAGAAUUGGCGGUAUGGCAUCGAACUCUCGGCCGUUCGUCGAUCCCGCAAUCGUCGCCAUGAAGGUCAAGGAGACUGCUGGUAAUCGCCAAAGCAACGAAGCCACCAACAACUGCGAGGCCCUCCACCUCGACAACAGGGGUGGUGAGCUGCAGCCGCAGUCUGCGGACUCUGGCUACGCCUCCAACUCCAGUGGAAACAGCUCCAGUGACCGUUCAGCCGCUUUGGGUGCCAGUCCCCUGAACGGGCCCAUUAGCACGCCCAAGGAGCCAUUGGCGGGCAGUGAUCGAGUCAAGACGUUGAAUCCGACUGCCGCCGAAUUCAAGUCGACGCGCCAAGACGAUGUCGUUCGAUGCCUUUCACCGAAGAAGUUCUCUCGGCCGCCGCUUACCAACAUUUUUCCGAACGUCAUCCCCAGUCAUCCGCCACUCGCACAACCCGUGGUACACGAGAGCGCUCUUCCUCUGCUGUCUCCGGCCGGCGGUGGCUCUACUGUUCCAGGACACGGUUCUUUGGGCGGCGUUGAGAACUGGCCUACGAUCGGCAGCGCCGUCUUCGCCGAGUCGUUGCGGUACGUUCGGCCGGGGGCCAUGAAUGGCAUUGUCCCCAAUGGACUUGCUUCGAUCAGCACGCCGCCGCAGCAUAUCAUUGCUCCCGCACAACUGGGCGUCGCCUCAAUGAAUGGCCCGGCAUUGGAAGCGAACCUGCCUCUUACCAGCGUUUUCCACACUUUCCCACCGGCCCCGGCAAGCUCCCUGCCUGCUUAUGCGCAUACUCAAGCAGCAGGACUCCACUCAUUCCUGCCUGGAACUGUACCCCUUGGAAGGCUGCCCCAGCAACAAGCCGGGCACGUGGUCAACGGCAAGCCGAGCAGGCCGUACUUCCCUGUAACCACGAAGCCACGCGACCACGAUCCAGUCAAGCAGCAGUUAUACGAGGCUUACCUGGAGUGGCGCAAGGCCAACGAGCCUGGGUACCACCUAAAGUGCAAGAUGCGCCAGGCCCAGCGCGUGAUGCGGCAGUACCAGCUCCAGCAGGACAAGUCGGCCAGCCGGGAGCCCGCCGGCUGGAAGGCCGUUAAGGAGCAGGCCAAGGCGGCCGUGGGCGCCGCGGCAGCCGCGGCGGCAGCGGAAAAGAGGCGCCAGCAGGAGUCUGUGAGGGAGGAGCUGAGAGUCAAGGUCAAGGAGCUGAGCCAGAACUCUAAGAAGGGAAGUGGCGAGGGCAAGCAGUGA